AGAUUGAUCUUGCUUUAAACUUUAUUUUUGGAUCUGCAAAAUAAAUACCUAUUGGAUUAGGAUGUUGUACCAACAAGUCACCAGGUUGCUACUAUCUGCCACAGAUCGAUUGGUUUUGCUGGCACAUCGAUCCACUGUUGCUGCUGGUCCUCUUUCAAUUAAAUCUCGUGCAAUAUUCUCUUCCACAUCUUGGCUGCAAACUCAGUCUGUUGAUGCAUCCCAGUCAAAUACAAAUGAGAGCAAUUCAGAGGGGCCUGAACUACGGGCUUUGUAUUUGGAUGCUCAGGCCACAACAGCCUUGGACCCUCGAGUGCUGGACAAGAUGAUGCCCUACCUCACACACCAGUAUGGGAACCCACACUCCCGCACUCAUUCCUAUGGCUGGGAGACAGAAGCAGCUGUUGAGAACGCCAGACAGCAAGUAGCAGACUUGAUUGGUGCUGAUAAGAAAGAGAUCAUCUUCACUUCUGGAGCCACUGAGAGUAAUAAUAUUAGCAUCAAAGGAGUGGCCAGAUUCUACAAGGCAAAAAAGAGACAUGUAAUCACCACUCAGACGGAGCACAAGUGCGUGCUGGAUUCCUGCCGAGCCCUGGAGCAUGAAGGCUAUGAUGUGACCUAUCUACCGGUGCAGCCUACUGGGCUACUGGACAUCAAUGAUCUAGCCAAAGCUAUACGUCCUGACACCGCCUUAGUGUCUGUCAUGGCAGUCAAUAACGAGAUUGGCGUCAAGCAACCUAUAGAGGAAAUCGGGGCGCUGUGCCGCGCUAACAAAGUCUUCUUCCACACCGACGCCGCCCAGGCUGUGGGCAAAAUCCCUAUUGAUGUCAACAAAUUCAACAUUGAUCUCCUGUCGAUAAGCGGCCACAAGUUGUACGGACCCAAGGGCGUCGGCUGCCUCUACGUCAGGAGGCGGCCCCGCGUGAGGGUGGAGGCGCUGCUCAGUGGCGGAGGGCAGGAGCGUGGAGAGUCGCUGCUGAUGGCGCUGAAGGAUGUGGCCCUGAGCAGCGGCUCCGCCUGCACCAGCGCGUCCCUGGAGCCUUCCUAUGUCCUGAGGGCCAUCGGUGCUGAGGAGGACCUCGCCCACUCCUCCAUAAGGUUCGGUCUGGGGCGCUUCACGACGGAGGCCGAGGUCGACUACACCGUCGAGCGUAUCGUGCAACACGUGCACCGUCUACGUGAGAUGAGCCCGCUGUGGGAGAUGGUGCAAGAAGGCAUCGACCUGAAGACCAUCAAGUGGUCUCAGCACUGAACACGUCUCUGGUGCCACGUCUCAGCACUGAACACGUCUCUGGUGCCACGUCUCGGCACUGAACACGUCUCUGGUCCCAGGUCUCAGCUCUGAACACGUCUCUGGUCCCAGGUCUCAGCACUGAACACGUCUCUGGUCCCACGUCUCAGCACUAAGCCUCGUCAUAGUUCCAUAUGAUUUGUUCAGCCAAGUUGCGAUUUGUUUUUCUCGUCCAAACAAUGCGUUGCUUUUUAGGCUGAGCCCCGUAGAAGUUUUGUUCUACUAUGGUGGCGCCGGUGCUCACGCAUUCGGAAUGUUCAUUCUUAUUUAGUAAACCUUGCUCCGGAUAGUAAAAUAUGAGCCUGAAUUGUUACGUGACGUGUCACUGACAGUAAAUGAUGAACAACCACGAGUCUUGUAGAGACACCGUGAAUAAUCAGAUGUUCCUGCAUUUUCUCUCCUGUUGCUGCAGGAGCUUUAAAUGGAGAUGUUAAAUAAAGAAGGUGUGCCACUUUUUAGGAAUUAUGACCAAGCGUCUGUCGCAUGGCUUUGUUUUGUACUGAAGAGUGUAAUCGUUGCAUCAUAGGUUUUGUUGCAUGCGGGGCUGUACGCAUAUGCUCAUUUCUAUUGAUUAAAAACUGGCUUUUAUUUCUUGAGAUGUUCCCUGAUGUGUUGCCGUGUGCAGAGAGAACAUCUUUGCCUCUGCAUUAAUGAUGCGGGUCCCAAUUGGUUACGUGAGUUGAGUUUGGAUCAAAAAUCAACUUCAGUUCCUUAACACGUUGACUAC